AUAUGGGUAGCAUAGCAGAAGAAGAACUACUUCAAAUGGUCAGAGAUUUCAUAGAAUCAGAUUCAGCCUCACCCUUCUCACUUCCAUCUUCAAAACCACUCUCUCACAAUGAUCACCCCCCAUAUCUCACUUUAAAGGAGAUUCUUGGGAGGGCCAUGGAGGCUGAGGUUGAGGUCCUUGAGAAAAUAUUGAUGUACAUGAGAGAUAUUUCAGGGGAUCAUACUAAUCAUAUGAAGAAAUGGUUGGUGACAAAAUUGAAAAUGGAUGGUUAUGAAGCUUCUCUCUGUAAAACUUCUUGGCUCUCCUCUUUUGGUCACUCCAAAGUUGUCCAAUGCACAGGUGAUUAUGAAUAUAUUGAUGUCAUGGUGAGAGAUAGCAAUGGUGAUGAUGAGGAACCAACAAGGCUGAUUGUAGAUGUGGAUUUUAAGUCUCAGUUUGAAGUGGCAAGGCCUACAGCAGCUUACAAAGAACUGAUCAACACUCUACCUUCAGUCUUUGUUGGGAGUGAAGAAAAGCUCAACCAGAUUAUCUCUCUGCUUUGCUCAGCUGCAAAGAAGUCACUAAAAGAGAGGGGUCUUCACGUUCCUCCUUGGAGAAAAGCCAACUACAUGAGGUCCAAGUGGCUUUCCAAAGAAUGCAAGAAAGUCUCACUCUCAACGAACAUGGAUUUGGGUAUGGUGAGUAAAGAGUGAAGUCAUAGCACGCUAUGUUCCUCCAAUUUUGAAGCCUUGGAAAAAGACCCAGUUGGUUCUUUUUUCAGUUUUGUCCGGCUCCCACUUUUUGUUCGUCUUUUAACAUGAGAAUCAAUCAAUGGUGGUAAAUAGGUGGAGUUUUUGUUUGUCUAUUUUGUGAAUUUCGGGACAAUUUCGUUUAAGAAGACCUCAA